AGGAUAAAAAAACAAUUUUUAAUUUAAAAAAUAAGAAAAAAUACAAUUAUUUGAUAUAUUUUUCUCUUUAUUUAUUUUUUAUCCCAAGAAAAAAGAAGAAUUUUAAUUUUAGAACUAAAAAUACAUAUUGUGUUUAUUUAAUUAAAGUAACUUUCGAUUUAAUUUAAAUAAAAAUAAAAAGGUUUAAAGUUUAUUGGGUAAUUAAGAAUAGAGAAGGAAGGUGAGCACUUAACGUUAAAUUUACCGAAACAGUGUUCCUCGAACUCUGAAUCUGACGUCAACCCUGAACGAGUCCGACGCCGAAUUCCAAUUAUUUAUAUGGCUCUCAUCUCACCGUUUUAUUAAAAUCCAAAGGCCCACAUUGCCUCUCAAAGUCCCGUUGGGACCCACACGUGAAGGUUCAAACCUCUGCUGAAACGCAUGCCAAGUAAACCUUCAUCGGGAUCGUGAAAUCAAAUAUCACAGCCAGGUAUCUGAAUCACCAAGGUUUAAAACUCCAUGCACCGCCACGUCACACAGGUUCAACGCUCACAGGCUGGCACAGUCGAACCAAUGAAAACUCUCCACGUGGAAGCUCGCGAUGUUGACACCUCCUUCGGCCACAGCUGUGCCCCUUCACAAGGUAUAUAAAUACCCUUCCAACGCACCCGUGUCCAUCGUCAAACACUCUAAUCCAUCUCUCAAUCGUUCUAAUCCUUUUCUUAAAACUUCAACCCCCAACAUGGCUUCUAAUUACAAAGCUGCCAUUGGGUUCUCUGCAGUUAUCACGCUGUUACUCCUUCCCGCACUCACAGUAGGGGCGCUGGUGCAAGAGCAACCGCUCGUGCUCAAGUACCAUAACGGCCAGCUCCUAAAGGGACGGAUCACCGUUAAUCUCAUCUGGUAUGGAACCUUCACCCCCAUCCAACGCUCCAUAAUCGUCGACUUCAUAAGCUCUUUAAGCUCACCCAGCGCGCCGCUUCCCUCAGCCGCCACGUGGUGGAAAACCACUGAUAAAUACAAGGGAGGAUCCUCUGCGAUCGUCGUAGGGAAGCAGUUCCUGCACACGCCUUACACCCUCGGGAAAAACCUGAAGGGAAAGGACCUACUCGCACUCGCUUCCAAGUUCAAUGAACUCAACUCAAUAACCGUUGUUCUAACGGCCAAGGACGUCACCGUAGACGGUUUCUGCAUGAACCGAUGCGGGACCCACGGGUCGAUCCGACGGUCUAACGGGGCCCGAAAUGCUUACAUAUGGGUCGGUAACUCCGAGACGCAGUGUCCUGGCCAAUGCGCGUGGCCCUUCCACCAACCCAUUUAUGGGCCCCAGACGCCGCCGUUAGUUGCGCCUAACGGCGACGUUGGAGUUGACGGGAUGAUCAUCAAUUUGGCCACGCUGCUUGCUGGCACUGUCACGAACCCGUUUAAUAACGGUUACUUCCAGGGACCACCUACGGCGCCGUUAGAGGCUGUUUCGGCGUGCACUGGGGUUUUCGGUAGCGGGUCGUAUCCGGGUUACCCGGGUCGGGUUCUUGUGGAUAAGGUUACCGGGGCGAGCUACAAUGCGCACGGCGCGAACGGAAGGAGGUACUUGGUGCCGGCGAUGUGGGACCCGCAGACCUCGACAUGCAAGACCCUCGUCUGAGGAGGGGAUCGGAGAGUGACACGUGGCGUUUUAUGGUGUAUGGGUUGUAGAUAUGGGUUGUUGGGACCGGGAGCAGGGGAUUGCGGAGGAGGUGGUGGUGGACUGGGGUAGUGUGUAUCUAUGCUAAGCUGCUUUUGUCGUUUAGUGUGACGUGUAAAUUCUGUUUCGAAAGAUUAUAGAGGAAUGUUAUAAAUAUGGAAAACGAGGAAUAAGAAAAAAAAAGAUAUAUCGUUAAUGUUGUAUAAUAUAAUAUAUUUUACAUAUGCAAAGUAAGGUUUAUUUUUUUUGAAUUUCUUAUAUAAUUUUGAUUUAAGAAAGGGAAAUGAGAGUGGGUUUUGUGUAGAUUAAUAUUUCUUUGGGUAAAGUAAGGUGGUUGGGGGAAUGAAAAAUCGGUAGGAGAGGGUGUUUUUGUUUGUUUAUGGUAAAUGAGAAUAAAGGAGGGGUUUCGCUUGUGGUGUUGGUGGCCUGGGAGACCAUUAUGGCGAGGUAUCAGUCAUGAUGACACUGGCGAGGUGAAGUGAAUCUCACUAGGCAUAAAAGGCUACAGAGAGUGUCAUCUUUUGGAUGGUUUUGGUGGGUCCUAUUUCUCUGCAAUUAUAUUUUAGAUAAGCUUUGGUUUGUUGUUUGUACCCUUCUGGGUACGAAGAUUGGGAUGGGAUAGCUUUUACUAUUAUUUUGUUCUAACAAAAGGUGAAAAUUUGUUAGUCUUCAUUUGUAAUAAAUAGAAAGUGAUAAUGCUAGGCCUUCUUGACCUAGUUUUCAAACUAGGCAGAACUCUCUGACGGGUGGGGUUACAUGCUAUGUCUCUUUUUGUUUCUCAUCCAUACCAAGCAAUUCAAUCUCAUCCAAGGGAAGUGAGAGAAUUUAAGAUAAGAAAUAAUGGGUCUGUUUAUUCAUGAGAGAAAAAUGAAUAAUUAUUGUGCAAUUAAAAUUUGUAGUAAUUUGAACAUUGAUUAAUUUAAGACUGAUCGGGGGUUAUAUGAUUUUUGGUAUCCCUCUCGGCCAUCUAUGUUGUAUCCCUCUGAUGCACUCAGCAGUUAGUUGAUAAGUCUUUAAGAACUCACAUACCACAAUCUAAUGCGUAAACCAUUUAAAUUUUCCUGAUACUCGGUGUAGAUGCUCACAGUAUUUGGUCACUCUCCCAAGAGAUUGCAGUUGCACUGACUUGACCUUUCUCUAGCGUAACAUGUCAGCAAUAAUGUAAUUUCAAUAUAUUGGGCGGGAAGUAGCAUUAAGCCUUGGAUCACGGUGAGCUGGUGAACUCGAGUCAUCACAAGCAAUAUGCCCGGAGCAUCACAAAUUCCGUCAUGUUCUUGAAUGCCGUAUGAAAGAACAAACAGACAAAGCAAUUACUCUCAAGUUCAGUUCCUAUACAUUUUUAUUAACAGAUAGUACCAGAUCCAAACAUUAGCAGAAAAAAUCGGUUGACAGGAAGUUUUAUGUUGUGAUUACACUACUGAACAUGUACCAAGUCAAUUUUCACGCUAAUGUGAUGAAUUGGAAACAACGAUAGCCCACAGACACUACAUUUAUGUGUCAUCAAAUUCUGUUUUAGACCAGCUAUAUAUAGGACUCAUACUUAAAUGUUUAAAAUGUUUCAAAGCUUGUUCGCGUGUAAUAAAAUGAAACCUUUAACAGGUAUCUACCAAGAAUUGUCGAACGAGUUUAGGACAAGACAAAUUAUGUUUUCCCAUGACUAACUGGGGGUUACCAUUUACCAUAGGUUUUGACAAUCAAGAGACUGGAUAGUUUAAAACAACGACUAGAAAUUGGACCACAAUUGCUUGGACAUUCAUAAAGAAAACUGUGGACAACACUAAGAUGGCAGAGUGUAGGCAACUGAAAACCCCAUAUAUUAACCAUUUUUAAGAAGAUACUUCUACAAAGAACAUUUGAAUAUGUAACAAAUACCAAAGCAAAGCAAAAGAAAACACCAUAAAAUUACAAGGUUUGCUGCUAAAUCAGUGUUCAAUCCUCAUAGAAUCAACCACCUUAGUCUAUGCGGCUAGACUGGCCAAAACAUCAGCCAUGACACCAUAUGUGGGAGAAGGAUGUCAUCUCCUUCCACCCAGUAUUCAAUAGAUCUGUUUCGGCAGAAUGGAAAUGACAUUCAAUAGUAGGGGCUGUAUCGCAUUGCCAUUCUGAACCUUGGAACCUUUCUGCAAUUAAAAAAGUG